UCGGAGAGUAUGUAGUGUAAUCGAGAGUAUGACAAAAUGGUGACUGAAGAAGAUGAAAUUUCGCCUCAGUCGUGUGUAAAAUCUUCUGAGGAUCAGUUUAGUGGCUAUGAAAGUAAAGUAGUGAUCAGCGAUACUGUAGCAGGUAAAGAUACUGAAGAUGCUGGAGCUAAUUCGGUAACUACUUCGCAAAAAAAGAAAAAGAAGAAGAAGAAGAAAAAUGAAAAUGGUGAAAAAUCUUGUUCAGCCGAAAAUGGAAUGGAAGAAAUUUCCAAAUCACUCGAAGAACAGAAAUUGACUGAUGAGAAAGAUGCUUCAAAGUCUAGUUCCAAUGCAAAAAAGAAGAAGAAAAAGAAGGCUGCUUCAACUUCCUCGUGUCCUGAACCAACCAAACCCACAGUCAGGAAACAAGAAGCAAUUCCUUCAAUCCCUAUUGUUGACCUUUUCCCUGAUGGCAAUGUCCCUGUUGGUCAAGAAAUGGAAUAUCCACAACCAAAGCAUCCAAUUGAUGGGCGGAUGGCUAAAGAUAGAAUCAGUAAUCCUGAGAAAAUAGCAUUGGAUCGCGCUCAUGAGAACAUUUAUCAAGAAAUUCGUACAGCUGCUGAAGCUCAUAGACAGACCAGAAUGUAUAUGAGAGAUUAUAUCAAACCUGGAAUGAAAAUGAUUGAUAUCUGCGAGACUCUUGAAGGUAUUGCUCGUAAGUUAAUCAAAGAAAAUGGGCUUCAAGCUGGUUUGGCAUUUCCCACAGGUUGUUCUUUGAACCAUUGUGCUGCACAUUACACUCCCAAUGCAGGAGACAGCACUGUCUUACAAUAUGAUGAUGUUUGUAAAAUUGAUUUUGGAACUCAUGUGAAUGGUCACAUCAUUGAUUGUGCAUUCACAUUGACCUUUAAUCCGAAAUAUGAUGAGUUGGUUAAAGCUGUGCAAGAUGCAACUGAAGCUGGAAUUAAAGAAGCAGGCAUUGACGUUAGGCUGUGUGACGUUGGAGAAGCUAUUCAGGAAGUCAUGGAAUCUUAUGAAGUGGAGCUGGAUGGGAAAACAUACCAAGUGAAGUCCAUCCGUAAUUUGAAUGGGCAUAUGAUCGGACCAUAUAGAAUUCAUGCUGGUAAAACAGUCCCUAUUGUAAAGGGUGGUGAAGCAACUAGAAUGGAAGAACUUGAAUUUUAUGCAAUUGAGACGUUUGGUAGCACAGGGAAAGGUGUUGUGCAUGAUGAUAUGGAAUGCUCUCAUUAUAUGAAAAAUUUCGAAGUUGGUCACGUACCAUUAAGGGUUGCACGAUCCAAACAGUUACUAAAUGUUAUAAAUGAAAACUUUGGCACGCUGGCAUUUUGCCGACGUUGGCUCGAUCGAUUGAACCAGACCAAAUAUUUGAUUGCCUUAAAGAAUCUUUGUAAUUCUGGGAUCGUUGAUGCUUACCCUCCUCUUUGUGAUGUGAAAGGUUGUUACACAGCUCAGUUUGAACAUACAAUACUUUUGAGACCAACUUGUAAAGAAGUAAUUAGCAGAGGAGAAGAUUAUUAAAAAAUUGAUCUUGUUUCUCAACAACUGUUAGACUGGGAUGUUAUGCAAUCUAUCAGCUCUUUCAAUCAGAUACCUGAAUAGUGAAUUUACUAAAAAGAAGAAAAAUAAAGAAUUAAAACUAUU